AUUUUAAUCACGUAGGUAACGUUUGCGUGGCUUGAGACGGGAAGUCUGUCAGACAUGGCGCAGUCCACUCGACCGCCGAAUAUUUCGCUACCCCCUAGAAAUAAAGCAGAGUUCGAUACUUUCUUGGGUGACAUUGCUCGCGAAAUAACAAAAGAAGAGUUGGACAAAAUGAAAUUUCUCUGUGCCAGACAAUACAACAAUAAUUAUUUGCCACGAGGAGAGCUCGAUGCCAUCGAAAGACAACAUGAGUUUUUACGCUUCUUAAGCCAAGAAGAAAAAAUCUGCCAAGAAGACGUGUCUUAUUUGGUAUGGCUUCUAAGAACCGUCGGAUGCAUCAAAGUAGCCGUUUCAAUUGAAAAACAAGGUAAGAUUCUGGUUAAGACCUGUGUGCAGAUAGAUUUGCUAAGAUCAAAUAAAACAUUUAUUGUUUUUCUUUAUGAAUGAUGCGAAUUGACAGAUCUCGGAUAAAUUCUCGUCACGUCUUCGAUAAAAUCAAAGUUGAUCUCGCUAUGAGCGCAUGAAAGAAAGUUAACGAUAAAUUUAAAUGCGCCAAAAUUGGCAAUGGAUUUGAGGUCGAAGAGUUUGCAGUUGCAAAUUGCAGCAGCAUCGAAUGAUGUUUGAUUGGCAGUAAGGUUAGUAGAUUUGAAACGGCGUGCAUGCUUUGAUCGCUGCGUUUGUAACCGCUCUCAAAGAGAACGGUAAUUAGAUAACAGCUUAAUAUGUGACUAACAUAGUCUAUAGACUGUGCGAUUUUACGCCACUAUAUAUCUCCGUCGGUAUAAAUACAUACUGUAAGAUUUUAAGCCGUUAACUAACGGCGUAAAAUCUCUCGGUACGCCGUUAACUAACGGCGUAUUUUGGCUCAGUUGGUAUAGGUACAUAGAGUAAGAUUUUACGCCUUCAACUGAAGGCAUAAUUUGGCUCAGUCGGUAUAUAUAUAUAUGUCGGAUCAAUACCAGUAUCUGGGCCAAAGUAGCUAUGUAACAGAGUUAUUUAAUUUUACGAUUAAGCUAUAUAUUUACUUUAAGAUUUUACACAGGUAACUAAUGGCGUAGUUUCAUUCAGUUGGUACAUUAACAUGCUGUAGGAUUUUACGUCGUUAACCAGCGGCGCUAUUUCUUCCAAUCGGUAAUAUACAUACUGUAAGAUUUUAAGCCGUUAACUAACAGCGUAAAAUCGCUCAGUACGCUGUUAACUAACUCAGUCGGUAUAUAUACGUACUACCUAUCAUUAAAAUCUGUCUGAUAAUCGCGUAAGCGUGAAACUCACUCAGAGUCACAGAAAAGUUAUCUUAUUGAUUAGUUUAACCUUCAGAUACACUAUUUGCACGCCAUUCCAAACAGCUGUAAAAACACAGAUGUCCUUACAAUAUUUUCCUCUUAACCAUUAUCGAGUCUUAUACUUAAAGAAAUAUUUUUUAGUCCAAGCCGAAAAGUAUUUGACUUUAGAUUUUGUCCGGUGUGUAUCACUGUAACCUUGGGCCCAUCGGUUAACGCAAAGUGUAGUCGCGUAUUAUGCGAACGCGUUAUUGUGUGACAACAACACUGCAACGACUUAUUAUGUCAAUCGGUUAGAUUUUAAAAACAAAACUUAGCUUUCUAGACAAGAUCUUUAGUAAAAAAACAAUUCUUUUUAUUUCCAACAUAGUUUAUAAGGAUCUCAAGGCGAAUAAAGCAAGGUGAACAUAGCCAAUGACCAAAAAGACUUUAGACGCGAAUGAGAUAAUAAUUAUUGUGUGACAACCAUAUAGCAACCACAAGGAACCACAUGUUUUUUCAACUUUAAAGAAUGAUUUAUUCAUGAUCGAGAACGUUUGAUUUGCGAUGAAAUUUGAUAUAUUAUAAAGAUCAAGUGAACAUUUGAAAUCUAUGUGUAAUAUUAUAGGAAGAAGCAGGACGAGACAGAUAUAAAUGUCAACAGAACGAGGUCUUUUAAUUAAGACCGCGGAUCUCUCUCCAUGUGCUAGUCACGUGACAUACGUACACAUAAUACACAGGGAUACCAUACUACACUAUGUACAUUAUGCAAUUAUUCUGCGUUUAAUUUCGACAUCUAUUUCAAUAAUUGGGCCGCUGUUUUUUUCACCAUUCUCAUAUUUCUGCCAAAAUCCAAACACCUUACUCUGCAAUUGUCUAUAAUCCCUUCUUUGGAUUCUGGUCAGCUUCUGGUUAGAUACUUAUCGUAUUUGUGUGGCCACCGAUUUUGCUUCCCUUUGUAAAAGCUCUAUUAGUUCGUAGAACGGAAGAUGCCUCCCCAUUGCUCUUCUAUUAGGUGCAUGAUCCCAACCUGGGAUGUAAAGAUUAGCACAAAACGAAGGAGACGUGAAGGAAAUACAUAUGAUGUUUCUGCAUACCGUCAUUAGACAUUUAAGGUCCUGUAUAAUUUACCAUUCAAUUUUCAAAAUAAAAGUACCUUCAAUGUCGUUGUUAGUCCUUGUAGGCUUGCCAUAAACACCCCAGUCUUUGGGCGUGAAUGCAAGGGACUGAACCCACUGAUUUUCAAUGUAUCUUGUAAGCUCGCGGAGGGCUGGUGAUGUGGCGUGUUCUUUCAAAGACUCGAACAUAGCUGGAAUUUCAUGGCUCGGAAGGAAGGGCAACGCCAUCAACUUGCGGAGGUACUUGAAGGUCCCUUCGUCUCUCUGAUAAAGGACUUGAAGCCCCAAUUCUUGAAUCUAUAUAGAAACAAACAGACAUAUAACGUGUUAUACAAAUCAUAAUCGUAACAUUGUCCAUUAACUUUAUGGUAAACUUUACUUAACCAACCUUUCACCAUAAUGCCUAGAUUCAAUGGAACACGCAGCCCUGAAGUUGUACUGCGGGCAGUACAUACCUCAUAGCCGCCCACAUAGCUGCCUCAAAAUCCAACGUAACUUGUUUUACUGCUGGAGGGGUCGGAAGGGCAUUCAGUGAUUUCCCUUUGGAAGGACGGUACACUGCCAAUAUAUCGCGUAAGGCUGCCUGGACGACGCGUUAUAAGUGAAGCCUAGACUGUCAAUAACAUUUUUUUUUUUUCACGAAAGAUCUUGUCUAGAAAGCUAAGUUUUUUUUUACAAAAUCUGACCGAUUGACAUGAUGAGCCUUUACAGCGUUGUUGGCACAUAAUAACUUGUUUGCGUCUAAAGCUUUUUUUGGUCAUUGGCGGUGUUUACCUUGCUUUAUUCGCUUUGAGAUCCUUAUAAACCUCGUUAGAAAUGAAAAGAAUUGUUUUUUACUAAACAUCUCGUUUAGAAAGCCAAGUUUUCAUAAAAAAAUCUGACCGAUUGACAUGAUGAGUCGUUACAGUGUUGUUGUCACACAAUAACUCCUUCGCGUCUGAAGCUUUUAUAGUCACUGGAGAUGUUUACCUUGUUUUAUUCGGCAUGAGAUCCUUAUAAACUUUGUUGAAAGAAAAAAAAAUUGUUUUUUUACCAAAGAUCUGUUCCUUUUCUAUAUGUUUAACGUCUAAUAAGUUGUACUGGAUUGAAGACCAACUCGCCGACGUCUCUACUCGAUUAUAUACGUCGAUGAGUUGGCGUUGGCGAGUUAAACCGUCGGCGACUUGACUGGAUAUCUUAAGAGCUGAUAAAGAAACACUUCGAAACGAACUCAAUGACAUGCCAGCGUUGAAACGGAAACUUUUCAGGGAGAAUGCGAAUCCGUGAAAUUCUUCACGGGAUUUCCAGCUUUGGCCAGUCUAAUGGCGAUAUUUAAUAAUUUGAAACCUUUCGCCGAGAAACUGAAUUACUGGGAUCGCAAUAAGUAAAAAAUCUGCUUAUACCACUUGUGCUUCUUGCCGAUAAAAUAUUAACAGUUUGUGUUUUUUUUUUUUAAUCUUCUUCCUCCACUAACAAAGAAGAACUCUCUAAUAUUCUCCUAAUUUAUCACCAAAAAAAAAACAAAUAAACCCAACUUCAUUAUGCAAAGUAAUCUUUCAGCUUCAUCUUACCUACUUUAACCACUUCCAACUCUUGAUUUAGUUUGGAUUUAACAAAGGAACCUUUUUUCGGAAUUGAUCCACUGAAGAUAACAUUGGUUAACAAACAAAAACUUGUGAUAUCACGCUAACUUACACUUCUGUCAUAUUACAAUGCAUCUAUAAGUACUGUCAUAUCUUUCUUGAUAUCAAAACACAACAAGUAAAUCAAGUGUAUCCUCUAACCUGUAAUCAGGCCACAAAGACUAUUUUAAAUCUUCUAAGUGUACAUUAAAUUAAUUUUAAGAUAGAAGGUGCUUCAAUUCCAUCCUGGUUCCUAAAGGCGUAGUCAGGCGUGAGUAACCUCUUCACGAAUCUUUCUACUGAGGAGUUCAGGCACCAUGUAUUCCCAAAGAACUUUGAUAGCUUCCCCACCAUUUGCUCCCACAGUUCUUUGUCCAAUUUUACAGGUACUACUAAUUUCCCUGAAGAGUGUAGAUAAUAAGAUUACACUGUUCCAAUCAUGCUAAAGCUAGCUGUCCUUGCAUUUGAUAGUUCCAAAAAGAUAAAUUUUUAAAAAUGCUCUUGACCUCCGAAAGUGUCUAAACACAACAUUUACAAACUUGAAUUCUGCCUGGAGAAGCUCCCAGAUAUGGAUACUGCAUGUCUAUAAAAACACCACUUUGAAAAAGCUUCACACCCUUAUGUUUUGUUUAAUGUUCCCUGAAAUUCUCUUUGAUAACCACAUCUUCCUUCUCAAAUGCGCGUAUCAGGCGCGCGUAAUUUUGUCAUGUAUAUUAUUAUGCCAAAAAUUAUGCUAGCACAGUCUUAAAGGGUCUAUUUGGGGUCUUAUAUUCAGGGUUCCAUUGGUAUAUUGUUUGUCCAUUGGUAUAUACAACUUGUUUUUGGGACAUCUGUUGGGGUCGGUUACCGUUCGUGUAUCUGUUCAAACUUUUUCUUUCCUUUUUUUUUUCGUAUUUUAGGUAUACCGUCGUCGCCGGGUGAUCUACCUCGAAAUCUUCCGUGUUUAACCGCACACUUUGUUGGAAGAGACACGGACGUAAAGGAAAUCAUUGAGAUACUGGAGGCCUCUCGCAUGGUUGUUGUUCUUUCUAUCCCAGGAAUGGGGAAGACUGAAGUGGGAGUCGGUGUAAGUCACUUGUUAAAGAAAAGAGGUUACGAGAUUGUAAUACAUAUACGAGUAGAGAGUCAUCAUCAGAAGCUCGUAGACAUCUGCAGUGAGAUUCUUGAUCGAUUAAAUGGUCGCGUUUGGUCGCCAACCGCUAAUUUUAUGUCUAUUGCGAAGCGUAAACUAUCGGAGCGAAAUAUCCCAACUGUCAUUGUACUUGACAAUACAGAGAAUAUACAGGGUGAGGAAUUUGAUGAAUUCACUAAAUGGUUCGUGAAAUCUGCCCCAAAUGUAAAGUUGAUAAUCACUACUCGAAAAGAUGUUGAAAUCGUGUCGGCAGACGUGUGUACGUUUCGUCUCAAACCUUUGGAUCCCGACUCGUCUGCUGAACUGCUUCGGAGGCUUGUUAAAAACUGUAGUGAGGAACAUUCCAAGGAACUUGCUAAAUUAUGUGGUGGGAUACCACUCCUUCUUGUGACCUGUUCUGACGCACUGAACAAUUGUUUUAGUCCCGAGCAGUUAAUCCAACACCUCCGGAAUAAUCCCACACAGCUUUUCAACAAUGUUAAUAACACGCUGAAAGUAUUUUUUGACAAUUUUUCCGAUGAGGUAAAACGGAAUCUUGUCCUUUUUUCUGUUUUCCCAUCGGAGUUCUCAACUGAAGACAUUCAGUGCCUUUUUGAAGAUUCUUUACACUAUCAAAGAGUGAAGACCAGGAUGGUCAAGUACGCUCUUCUUCAGAGAGACGCCGAUGAAAAGAUGAGGAUGCAUCCUUUGGUCCAAGCCUACUUCCGGACAGAGAAAGAAUCUUUAGGCAUGAGCGACCUGUGGCGCACCUCUCAGUAUAAAUUUAACCAUCAUUAUCUUGGCCUACUAAUAGUCUUGAGCAAAGAGUUUAUCAGCAAAAAUUCAGCUUUGGUUGCGAUCCGUAAGUUUCGACAGCAGAAAGCGAACGUCAUGGAAGCGCUGAAGAAUUGUCUCGAAGAGUCUAACGAUUUAGAUGACAAACAUUUCGUGUUGGACGUCGUCAACAGUACAGAAGUGCUGGAUUUUGUGGCAAAAGUUCUAACACCCCCUAAAGAGUGCACAGCGCUUUAUCAGAAAUGCUGUAAUAUGGCUAAAGCGUCCGGCGACAAGAAGAGGCAUGCAGAGAGCUUGAAUUCACUCGGAUUCCGUCGUCUCUGUGACGUGUCUCACAGCAAAGACAGCCCAGAAGAAAACAAAGUCACACUUUCAAAAUUUCAGGAAGCAUAUGACAUGCGCAGGACAUUACCAGCGGAGGAACAAAAGUCCCAAACGCAUGCGCACACAGCUAGUAAGCUCGGAGUAUGUUUAGUAUUGCAGGUGAGAUCAUAGUAAAUAUAAAGGAGGACCGUGUGUCUUUUUUUUUUUGUUUUGAUUUUCUUUUUGUGGGGCUCAUGAGAAUCUAACGCCAUGGUGAAGUGUGCAAGUUCUCGUGUACCGAAGAUUGUUGAAAAUCUAAUGAAACUUUAUCAAUAAUAGCGGAAAUGGGUGAGUUUGCUUCAAUCCUAAUGGGGUGUCACUCGCACUGAGUUAGACUAGAACCGGAUAUUUACAAGAGUUAUUUGCUUCGCAGGGAGAAGAAAAAAAAGGACGAGAGCUCAUACAGGAAGGAAUUUCAAUAAGAUAUUCUUUAGGCAACCGUUUGUAUGUUGCUGCUGGAUACUGUGACCUUGGAAGUAAGUAAAUGUUUUGGGUUGCACUCCGUAUAACACCCGCGUAUCCUUUUAGGAGACUGGAUGGAGGCUGAAAGGAUUUGAAAUUCCAAAUUGGGCGCUUCCUUUUAAUAAACCGAGAGAAAAACGAAUAAAUUUCCAGUUAAAUGAGAACUGAAAAGGGGACAUACUAAACUUAUGUAUUGAAAUCUCUUCGACUCUUAUUUUCAUGGAGGAGGGAAUGGUCUUGUCUGCAGGCUUCGACAUGAAAGUGAAACAAUAAUUUCUGAAUGCCUGAUCUCUAGUAGCCUAACUUCCUCAUGCAUAUUCUCCAUACUGUUCCAUAACAUUUCCAAUGGUACUGACAAGGAGAAUUUAGUCAACAACCAAGAUUUCGCCUCUUUAAUUGACUUACAUUUGAAUUAUUUUUCAUGCGCGUAAUGUAUGAUUCAGAAGGUGCUAUUGCAAGGAAAAAUUCUAAUCUAGGGAUCUUGUGAUUGAAAAGGUUGAUGUUCCUUGGUUAGUCUGACAAUAAAUUGAUUUGUGAUACGGGGAGGGAUUUGUUAAUUUAAGAACGAAACUAACGUUUCUAAUCCAUUUGAGAAAUAGCCCUUUAAAAGUUUACGGCUUACAAGCUUUAUAUUCUUCGACAAAAUCACCCACGACGCGUACCGGCGUUGAAUCAGAGGUCCGUUUCUUCAUUCAUACCGGUUGUUUCUUUUUGAAAUGUGGUAAGGAUUCAUUCAACUAUGUAAAAUCUAUUUCUUGUCUUCACACUUUGUUAGAUUCUUAUCGAUUGUGUGGUGAUCAUCAAAAAGCAAUCGAAAUUUGGAAAGAGAACACUCUACCAGUUUACAAAGAGCAGCUUGAUGACCAUCCCUGGACAGCUUCAAUUUUGUCCUACAUCGCUGACUCGUACAAGGCCCUUGGAAGCUCUGAGCGAGGUUACAUCGACCAGGCCGAGAUGUACUUCAGGGAAGCUCGAAGCCUACGAAAGAGGCUGUUGGGUCAUCAUCAGGAUACAGCUCGUUCAUGCGUUCAGCUUAGCGAUGUCUUAGUCCUUCAACGACAAUUUGAUGAGGCUUUGAAGAAGCUUAAUGAGGCUUUCGUAAUUCAAAACGAUAUUUUGGGCCCUGACCACAAGAUCACGAAGAACACUGAAAGCAAAAUGAGUGAUUUGAUAGACGAAAAAGGUUAAAAUCCUUGUUAAUUGCAUAAUUUCAAAAACGAAACUCGAGGUAAAACUCUAGGGUCUUGGUGAACAGACUGAAGCAUGUAUACAAAACUUAGGUCAACUGGUAUCUCAUCAGUUUCGCAAGGAAAUUUUCUAAAUUCAUUGGCUGUAGGUCAAACAAGUAUAUUUUGUUGUCAAAAGCAUGAACUGCAUGCCCAUUCCUUCACUAGCGACUAAAUACAGGAAUGGCUCCGACCUGUCAUUGGAUGAUAAAAAUAGUAAAAUAAAGUAAAAGUGAAUAGGUUAUAUCUUAACUCCUUGCUUGUAAGUAUUGUUUAUCCGUGUUUCUCGAAGCAGAACAAUGAAAUAUCAAUGCGUGUGAAAACACCGACGUGUCAAACAAGAAAUGGCUACUUAAAUAACGAAAAGAGGGCAGAGUCUUUCUCGCUCAGCGGGGCCGUUCAGCGAUUUUCCGGCGAUGGAAAAGUCAUCCGCUGACAAAACUCAUUUAGGCAGUUUAGGCGGACGAUCAGAGACUGGAGCCAUUCCUGCAUUUCACCGCUAACAGGAAUGGUUCCGACUCAUGCGUAUAUUAAUUGUUUUUUCGUUUUGGCUAAAUAAUUUAUACACUGAGAUAAAAACUAAAAGAGCGUUUUAUUAGGUUCUUCUUAUGUUGAACUCUACAAUGCUUGCAAAUGAAGCCCUCUUUUAUUACUACAGGGCAUGUAGUUUCUAAGUGUUAAAAAAAUUCACAGCAACUGCAUGUCACGUUUGGAAAAUCACGCAGUGUUGCGUGACGCUGCGAUCGAUGUUUUUACAGUAUGCUCCGCUAGAGAAAUGUGGCUUGGCCGCAGUCGAGGGAGUUUUUUUUAGUGGAAAACUGAUUUUCUGGGUAACUGUUCACACGAAGGACAAAUCCAUUCAUCGGGCUCUUCACUGAUCUAUUUUUGCACAACACCUAAAGGAAGAAAGUCGCGGAUUACUUUAAUUUUGCUUGGUAAUUUCUAACGACUCCUCUGGACCUAAAAAAGGAAAAAACAAAACAAACAAAGGAAAAACGUCUUACCAGUCAGAACAGUGGUAGUAACUCUCGCACUGAAUCAUGUCGAAGUACCUUGACUGUUUUCAGUGAUGGCACAACCAAUCUUCGAACAGUUUUUCGGGUAUAACAAGAAAGAGUAAAAUGAUUUUAGAAUCUUUUUCUAAAAUUAAUGAAAGCUGUUCAUCACAUGACGC